AUGAAAAACUAAGUUGGUUAUUCUGAAGAGGAACUUUACAAUAAUCGAUAUGAUUUCAAUAUUAAAGUAAAUAAUUCUAUUAUUAAUAGUUAAAAGAACCAACUUAUAUUACUCAAACAAUUCUCUAAAAAUUAACAGAGAUUAACUCUUUAAAGAAUUCUCUAAAUCGAAAAAAGAAAAGUCCUACUAAAUUAAAUAUUCAAAUAGAGGAAGGUAAACUAAAUAUCAUACUCAACAAUAACACAUUGAUUUCCUAAUGUUUAUAGAUGUUAAUCUUUUUGAAUUUAUAUCUAUUUAUUACUUUUCUUACUCUUCUUCCAUUCUAUCCUAAACACCAAUCAAAUUGGUCUUGUACUUUACUUUUUUUAUUUCUCUAUAAACAAGAAUACAAAGAAAUAUUAAUUUUAAGAAUUAAAAUUGCAAAUUUUAAUUAAUUCUGA